AUGGGUAAGAAACUUGAUGCAUUGUUGGGAAGAAACAACUUCAGAACUGAUAAAUUCAAACCAACGGUUAACCUCGCAAUCUCGCGUCUCGCUGUUCUCAAGAAUCAGCGAAACGCGCGUCUCAGACAAGCUCGUUCUGAUGUUGUUCAACUUCUCCAACUCCCUGAUCAUCAUAAACGCGCACUUCUUCGAGUGGAGCAUGUAAUCAAGGAGCAGAAUAUGAUAGAUGUGUAUGAUGAGAUUGAAGGAUACUUGAAUCUCUUGAUCGAAAGGAUCCAUCUCAUUGCACAAGAAAGAGAAUGUCCAGAUGAACUACAAGAGGCGGCGUCGGGGAUACUGUUUGCGGCAUCUAGGUGCGGAGAUUUUCCAGAGAUUCAAGAGAUUCGUGCAAUUCUUACUUCUAGAUUCGGGAAAGAGUUUGCUUCACGUGCUAUUGAGUUGAGGAACAAUUGUAAAGUUCAUCCUAAGAUAAUCACGAAGCUUUCGACGAGGAUGCCGAGUCUAGAAAGUAGAAUGAAGGUACUCAAAGAAAUUGCUUCUGAGAAUAAUAUUACUUUGCAGCUUGAAGAAGUUGCUUCAACUAAAGACGAGGAACACGUAACGAAUGAGGAAAAGAAAAACCAGCAUAAGUCUGAGAAAAAGGAAGAAGAUAAUGAGGGAAAAAAUGAUGAACUUUCUGAUUCGUUUAAGGGUAGGAAAAAGUAUAAGGAUGUAGCAGAUGCAGCACAAGCAGCUUUUGAGUCGGCUGCAUAUGCUGCAGCUGCUGCUAGAGCAGCAGUGGAACUUUCAAGAUUCCAACCACAUGAUCCUCAUUAUGAUGAUGACGACGACGAUAAUAGUUCAAGCCCGUUGAAUGGACAUGGUCAUUCUGUGAAAGCUAUGUCUCCAAUGGAAAGAGAAGAAUCCAAUAAGAAUGCUGAAGAGUUAGAGAAAGCAAAAGAUGUUUCUAGUUCAAACUCAGAUGGCGAUUCAGUGGAUGAAGAGAUUGUAUUAGAAUCGAAGAUGCAGAGUACACCUUUUAUUGAUUUAGAGAAGAAGCCAUUUUCAGUGAGGACUAGAAGAGUGCAAGGUUAUUGA